GUCAACUUCACCUCAUAAGUCCAAAGCGUGGAAGGAUUCAACUUGACAAUGUCCUAACCUCGUAGCUGAGGCAGGCAGGUUCUACUUUGGGAAUUAUCAAGUCAAUGUUUGCAGACCGGGGAGUUAGUUAUUAACUGGAGGGGUUGCGACACCUAAACUCAGUUCUCAUCUUGGAGCCAUCUGUGUGUGUAUAUCUGCAGUCGUUCAACAUGUUAGGUGUCGGAGCUGUAAAAAAUAUGUUUGCCCUGUCCAGAAGCGUUUACGUUACGCUAUGGAAACGCAGCGCAUCCCAGGCAGCGGGUCAGAGACUGGACAUCAGCGGGAUAUACCCUCCUAUUGCCACGCCGUUCACAAAGCAGGAGGAGCUGGACUAUCACAAACUAGAGGAAAACCUGCAGAAAUAUGCAAAGAUACCAUUUAAAGGUCUGGUGGUGCAGGGCUCUAAUGGAGAGUACCCUUACCUGACGGAGGAGGAGAGGGUGGAGGUGGUCAGCAGGGUCCGCCUCUCGCUGCCCAGAGAUAAACUGGUUAUAGCCGGAUCAGGAUGUGAAUCCACCAGGGCCACCGUCCAGAUGACGGAGAGGAUGGCGGGGGUGGGGGCAGAUGCCGUGCUGGUGGUGACACCCUGCUUCUACAAGGGCAAGAUGGAUAGCCGUGCCCUCACUCACCACUUCACCCAGGUGGCCGACAGCAGUCCCGUGCCCGUGGUUCUGUACAGCGUUCCGGCCAACACGGGGCUGGAGCUGCCCAUGGACGCCGUCUAUCGCCUGGCUCAACACCCCAACAUCGUGGGCCUCAAGGACAGCGGCGGAGACAUCACGCGGAUUGGCCUGGCGGUCCAUAAAACCCGGGGUCUGGAUUUCCAGGUCCUGGCUGGAUCGGCAGGCUUCCUCAUGGCGGCCUACAGCGUUGGGGCGGUGGGUGGCGUGUGUGCACUGGCUAACGUGCUUGGACGCCAGGUGUGUGAGUUGGAGCGCCUGUGCGUGGAAGGCAGGUGGGAGGAGGCCAGGGAGCUGCAGUGGCGUCUCAUCGAGCCCAACGCCGCAGUGACCAGAAAGCUAGGAGUGCCUGCUCUCAAGCAGGCGAUGGAGUGGUUUGGUUUCCACGGAGGCGCCUGUCGCUCACCCCUGCAGCCAAUCACGGAGAGCGAAUCCCAGCAGCUGAGACGAGACUUCUCCUCAAAUGGCUGGCUGUGACCGGGCUCGCCCAGCGGGGGACGGGGGGGUCGGUCGGGUCAGGUGGGCCGGGGGGGCCGGGUAAAGGGUUCGGCCAGUCAGGUGGUCUGUUUGUUUUCAAGGUUUCUUGUGUUUGCAGCUUACCAGAUAACACUGCUCAACUGUUCUGGAUCUGUCUCUGAGAGAUCUUUCAAUGAGGUCACAUAACUAAUGUUGCCAAUCUACAGGAAAGUAAUAGUAUGUAACAGUUACUCUUAUGAUUCCUACUAUUAUUGUCAGUUAUGCAAAAAUAACUAAUCAAAAGUACAUUAUUUCUUCCUCUUUGAACAAAAUACAUUAACAAUAAAAUAAACAAAAUUGUAACCUUUA